UCUUCACCAACACAUUUUGCUUGUGUGGCUUUGGAGUGCAAAACCCACAAACAUACAACCACUACAGAAUUUGCAAGAAUCUCUUUCUCUCUCUCUCUCUCAUAACCCCCAAACAAGAAAAUGGAGAACAAGGGGAGUUGGACGGUGGCUGAUGCUGUGGACUACAUGGGUCGUCCUGCUGAGAAAUCCAAGACCGGUGGUUGGGUCCCUGCCGCUCUCAUUCUCGGGAUAGAGAUAGUGGAGAGGCUUUCAACAAUGGGAAUAGCAGUGAACUUGGUGACAUAUCUGAUGGACACAAUGCAUCUGCCGAGCUCAACCUCUGCAAACAUUGUCACCGAUUUCAUGGGAACCUCUUUCCUCCUCUGCCUGCUCGGCGGCUUCCUCGCCGACUCCUUCCUCGGCCGUUUCAAAACCAUCGCCAUUUUCGCCUUCGUUCAAUUGCUGGGAACUGGUUCUUUAGCAUUAGCUACGAAGUUGCCCGGGCUCCGUCCUCCACCGUGCCACCAUGGCGAACACUGCAAACCCGCUAGCGGGUUUCAGAUGACAAUUCUCUACAUAGCACUUUACCUCAUAGCCCUUGGAACAGGUGGACUCAAGUCUAGUGUCUCUGGAUUUGGAUCUGACCAGUUCGACGACAAGGACCCCAAGGAAAAGUCGCAAAUGGCUUACUUCUUCAAUAGGUUCUUCUUCUUCAUAAGCAUGGGAACGUUGAUGGCUGUCACAGUACUUGUUUACAUGCAAGAUGAGGUGGGGAGAAGCUGGGCUUAUGGGAUUUGCACUGUGUCUAUGGUUAUAGCCAUUGUACUGUUCCUGUCCGGAACUAAGAGGUACCGGUUCAAGAAGAGCCAGGGGAGUCCAGUUGUCCAGAUUUUACAAGUUUUGGCCGCCUCCUCGAGAAAGAGGAAGAUGGAAUUGCCUCAAAGCGUCGCUUAUCUAUACGAGGAUGCCCCCGAGGGCUUACGGGUCGAACAUACCGACCAGUUUCACUUAUUGGACAAGGCGGCAAUAGUUGCGGAAGGAGAUUUCGACAAAAACCUCGAUGGAACGGCGAUUCCAAACCCGUGGAGGUUAUGCUCGGUUACAAAGAUCGAGGAAGUGAAAAUGAUGGUUAGGCUCUUGCCGAUUUGGGCAACUACCAUAAUCUUUUGGACAACAUAUGCACAGAUGAUAACGUUCUCGGUUGAACAAGCAUCGACAAUGGAACGUACCAUCGGAGGCUUCAUGAUCCCUGCAGGUUCACUUACAGUCUUCUUCGUGGCGGCUAUUCUCAUCACUCUCGCGGUUUAUGACCGUGCGAUAAUGCCUCUCUGGAAGAAAUGGAAAGGGAAACCAGGCUUUUCAAACUUGCAAAGAAUGGCUAUUGGACUAGUUCUGUCUACGCUCGGGAUGGCGGCUGCGGCUCUGGCCGAGCAAAAACGUCUCUCGGUAGCGAAAUCCGUCACCACAGCUCAUAGCAAGACUCUACCGAUCAGUGUGUUCUUCCUCGUGCCGCAGUUCUUCCUCGUGGGUUCGGGAGAAGCCUUUAUAUACACGGGCCAACUCGAUUUCUUCAUAACUCAGUCACCCAAAGGGAUGAAGACGAUGAGCACCGGUCUUUUCUUGACAACGUUGUCGUUAGGGUUUUUCGUCAGCAGCUUCCUGGUGUCUGUGGUGAAAAAGGUGACGGGAAGUUCCGGAAAUGGACAAGGAUGGUUAGCCGACAACAUUAACCACGGUCGGCUCGAUCGCUUCUACUGGUUACUGGCUGUCCUGAGCGGGAUCAAUAUCGUGGUUUACAUGAUAUGUGCCUUCUGGUUCAAGCCACGAAAGGGCAAAGGUGCGGUGGAAAUGGCGAGCGGCAAAGGUUUUUCAGUUGAAGAGAACUGUUGAAAGAGGCGGUUUCUUGUACAUCAAGCAACUGAGUCAUCUUCUCCGUGACGUCAUUCUGUAUUACAUGUCUUAAAAAGAACAAAAACAAAAAAGGUUUUCUUGUAUAUCAAGCAAGUGGGGUUGGGUUCAAUUAGGGUUUGUUCGUUCCACUGUCAAUCUUUUUUUUUAUUCUCUCUUUGUGGCCAUAUAGAAUCUAUCUGCAUCGUAAUAUAUUAAAAGGAUGAAUUGGUUUCCACAUAUC